GUUUAAAAAAACACUUCUGGAAUUCAAAGCUUUUGUAAACAUGUAGUUAGCUGACGUCGUGAUUUCAUCUUAGUUCGUUGAUUUCUUAAUUAGAGGUGUUUUUUGGUUUUUAGUAAAUGUAUAUGUUGCAAGUGAGCUGCUUCUUUUGGUUUCAACGUGUUUUUGCAAAGUUUAUUUUAAUAAACAAAACGAAGAAAGUUUAAAGUUUUUUGAUCACUGGAUAUGGAUUCGUGCCCUAGCUAAUCGAAUAACAGCAGAUUAAAACAGGUGAUGUGGUGAGGCAUAGCGACUGUAAGUUACAAUGAAUAUCCUGAAGAGCAAUGAAGCAGCCUCUCAGCAUGAGUCAGCAUAUGUUCUACAGAUCUACGCAAGGCUGGACCACAAAACCUUCCCAUGCUGCACCAUUAAAGUUGAUAGAGGCACUACUGCAGCCAGCAUCAUCCAUAACGCUGCACCUACUCUGGGCCUCGACAUGUCGAAACCCUACGAACUGGUGGAGGUGAGGGAGUUUGGAAGGGAGGAGUGGGUCCUGCAAGCCAGUGACCUACCUGUUGAAAGAGUCCUCCUUUGGCCCCAGCAAGUCCGCGACCAGAUCUCAGAAAGCCAUGGGUACUUUUUUGCCCUGCAGAUGGAAAACACUGAUAGAUCAGGCUGGUAUGACCACAUGGCAGCCAGCAAUUAUGAAAGAGAAGCUCGCAGGCCUGCAACAGAAGGCAUCCUUAUGACCCAGCCAGAGGACUGCAAUGAUCUGUGCAACCUCCCUGUGCUGAAUGAGAAAACCAUCCUGGACACUCUGUGCUGCCGAUUCCACAAGAACCAGAUUUACACCUACGCAAGCAACAUCCUCAUUGCCAUCAACCCCUUUAAGUUCCUGCCAAUAUACAACCCCAAGUAUGUGGAGAUGUAUGAGAACCAUACUCUGGACAUGCUGGACCCUCACAUCUUCGCCAUUGCCAACGCGGCUUUUCACACCAUGUUGAACAAACAACUCAAUCAGUGCAUCGUCAUCUCUGGGGAAAGUGGCUCGGGAAAAACGCAGAGCACCAACUUCCUGAUCCAUUGCCUGACAGCCAUGAGCCGAAAAGGUUGCACCAGCAGCGUGGAGAGGACCAUCCUGGGCGCAGGCCCUGUGCUUGAGGCUUUUGGUAAUGCAAAAACAGCCUACAACAACAACUCAAGUCGCUUUGGGAAGUUUAUCCAGGUGAACUUUUUGGAGGGAGGCAUUGUGAGAGGAGCUAUGAUUGAGAAGUACCUGCUGGAGAAGUGCCGACUUGUGACCAGAAAGAGCAGUGAAAGGAAUUACCAUGUGUUCUACUACUUGCUGAUUGGUUCAUCUGAGGAAGAGAAAGAGGAGUUCAAGCUCUUGGCACCAGAAGAUUAUAAUUAUCUCAAACAGGAUAACCCUCAAUUGGAGGAUCAAGCAGAAAUCAAGUGUGAGUUUAACAGGCUUCAUCAGGCCAUGGAAAUGGUUGGCUUUCUGCCGGCAACCAAGAAACAAAUAUUAUCUGUGCUUUCUGCUAUUUUGUACCUGGGUAAUGUGACCUAUGAGCAGAAGGGAGAUGGAGAGGGUGUGACAGUGGGACCUGCAGACGUCCUCUCAACUCUCUGUGACCUUCUUAAGGUCAAGGUUGAGCUCCUAAUGGAGGCUCUGAUCAAAAGGAAAGCAAUGACUGCCAAUGAUGUCCUGAUUCUGCCGUACACUCAUAGUCAGGCCGUCACGGCACGAGACUCCAUGGCCAAGUCUCUGUACAGCUCGCUCUUUGACUGGAUUGUACUGCGCAUUAAUUAUGCUCUUCUCAACAAGAGAGACAUGGAAGAAUCUGUACCGUGCUUGUCCCUAGGUAUUCUGGAUAUAUUUGGAUUUGAAGAUUUCAAGACUAAUAGCUUCGAACAGUUCUGCAUUAACUAUGCAAAUGAACAGCUCCAGCAUUACUGUAGUCAGCACAUAUUCAGGCUAGAGCAGGAGGAAUACCUGGCAGAAGGCAUCACCUGGACCACUGUUGACUACACUGAUAACAUUGGCUGCAUUAACCUCAUCAGCAAAAAACCCACUGGUUUACUCUACCUGCUGGAUGAGGAGAGCAGUUUUCCCCAUGCCACAGACAAUACCCUGCUGGAGAAGUUUAAGCGGCAACAUCAGGAUAACCCUUUCUUUGUGCCCACUCCAGUUCUUGAGCCUGCUUUCAUAGUCCUCCACUAUGCUGGCAAGGUCAAAUACCAGAUAAAGGACUUCAGGGCAAAGAACACAGACCACAUGCGGCCUGACAUUGUGGCCCUGCUGCGGAGCAGUGAGUGUAGCUACAUCAGGCAACUCCUUGGCUCGGAUCCGGUGGCUGUGUUUAGGUGGGGGAUUCUUCGGGCCACAAUUCGUUCACUGGCGGCUUUCAAGGAGAUGGGCCGACGAUCACUCGCAAAAUGUCAUGAAUCUCGUAGAUUCUAUGGGCGCCGUUCCCUGCAAGAAAUGAGGCCCCCCAGUGUAGCCAUGGGCAGACUGAUGAGCCAGCGCUCACUCAUAGACUUCUCAUUUGACCGUUCGGAGGACAACCCCCUAGAGGCCUUUGAGGACAUUUUUGCUACAUUUGAGAGUAAGAAGAAGAACAGGACAAACAGACAAAAGCAGCUUAUACCUAAGAAUCUCAUAAACGCUCGCUCUCUGAAGCUAAUUGUGGAUCUUAACUUGCAUAACCGUGACACCAGGUCACUUUUACACCUUCAUAAGAAGAAGAAGCCCCCAAGUAUCAGUGCCCAGUUCCAGACAUCUCUGGUGAGGCUGCUGGACACAUUGAGGAAAGCAGAACCCUUCUUUAUCCGGUGUAUCAGAUCUAAUGCGGAGAAGAGGGAGAUGCAGUUUGAUGAAGAUCUUGUCCUUCGACAGCUGAGGUACACGGGCAUGUUGGAGACAGUUCGCAUUAAGAGGUCCGGUUAUGGAGUCAAGUACACCUUCAAGGAGUUUACAGAAGAGUAUAGGGUCCUGCUGCCAAAGAAUGCAUCUACACCUCGGGAGGAUAUCUCCAACCUGCUGUGCAAAAUCGGCAUGAACACAAGCCAUUUCCAGAUUGGCAAGACCAAGGUGUUUCUAAAGGAAGUGGAGAGGCAGAAACUCCAAGAAAGCCUCUACAGAGAAGUGAUGCACCGUAUUCUCACCCUGCAGCGCUGGUUCCGUGCAUGCCUGUCUAGGAAGAACUUCUUGAUGAAGAGGAAAGCCAUAAUAACCAUACAACGGUGCUGGCGCAAUUAUCAUGCAUCGACCUGCUACAGGGCAGCUAUUGUGAUCCAGAAGGCAUGGAGAGAAUCUCAUCAGAGAAGAGAAUACCUGCGCCAAAGAGAGAGCCUCAGAAAGCUGAAGAUGUUGAAAAGGUGCUCAGAACUUAAAAGGCAUGUGAAAGAAGAAGAUAUAAAUAUACUGGAAAGUACCAAGAGCAGUGAAGUGACAGAGGAGAGGAGGAGCAAUGCAAUUCUUCCUCAUUAUGAUAAGACAAAGUCUUUUCCAACAGUACCCGUCUUAACCCUCUCACCAGAGGCCAACAACUUGGAAGAGCUCAGACGCCAGUAUGGUAUCGAUAUUAAACAGCAAGAAAACAGAAUCAAGAUUUCUGCUUCCACUCAAUGUCUGACAAAACUCACCAGUCAGGACCAACCUAGCAUGCAGGGUAUAGAAGAGAGAAAGGAGAUGAAAGGCACCCUCCCUACCCCAGCACUAAUUCAGAUGGUACCUCCUUCACCAAACAGCUCAACCAGGCCAGUCCAGGCCGUUUCAAAUGAUGGCUCUUGCAUAGCACCCCUUCAGCGCUCCAAGCCAUCCGUCAUGAAGGAGAAGGUGGAGAAAUGGAGGGAAAGGAGAAGUGAGAUAGCACUUCUGGACAAAAGCCAUUUUGAGGACCAACAGCUGCAAAAUCAGAGCAUGAAAAGUUUAAAGAGUCGAGGAAUCUCAAUGUCAUUAGACAAUCUGUCCAGUCUGAGCUCAUCUGAAUCGGAUAGCAGUCCAUCCUUGGCUGAUAAGCCUACAGAAACAGAUGCGUCUAAGACGAUCACAACCAACAGGGCUGGUGAUGCCCAGCCCUCACCACAGGCUGCUCCAGAGAAGACUACGUUCUUUAGUAAGUACUUCCCAAGAGGCCAAAAGAAACGUCUGAUGCCUCAAGAAGGAAACCCUACCAUGGCAAAGUCACCUGCUGAGAACAAUGAACAAGUUAGAAGUCCCCAGUCCUACUAUGCAAACACUGGCUGUGCACCAGCCCCGCUCAACCGCAAACGAUCCAACCCCAGUAUCAAGAUCAGCCGUGGUACACGUGUGCAAGAGCAAUGGAAAGCCUCCAUGAACCGUCAGAUCACAGACUGUAGCGAACUCCAUCACCUGGAUGAGUUCCUGGGAAAUCAGAUGAAUGAUCUCCAGUCACGGGUAAACAAGCUCUCAGAGACGGAGCUGAUCUUCCUUACAGCGACCUUACAGUUUAGAGACACCCUUAAAAGCAUGUAUUCUCUCGCUAACCCACAGAUCAGCUAUAAAGGUCUGCUGCAGGGCUACAAGAGCAAGGUGGUCAGUCUGGCCACAAAGAAGCCAGAUGAAGUGCCCAUGGUGGUAAAUCUGUUCGAGUCAGUUCUGGAUGGGUUUAGUAGAGCUGAGAUCAAAAGAAACUCUCUAGAAUCAGACAAUGUGAAGCUCACGAAAAAAGCCAAGAGGGCACGUGAAAAUGACAAAUGUGAAAGCCCAUUGGACCAUUCGUUCAGUACCUGUCAGGUGAACAUUGUGCAGUCAUGUGACCUGUGUUGCUCUUUUAUUUGGGGCAUGGAGAAAGCCUGCAUGUGUAGCUCCUGUAAGAUGAUGUGUCACAAGAAGUGCCUGAGCAAGAUAAUCACAUACUGCUUCAAGCGUGUUCCCAGAAAGACUGAAACAGACAAAACAACUACCCACUUUGGUGUGCACAUUAGGGCUCUGACCAACAGCAUAAGCCCAGUGCCAGUUAUCUUGGAGAUGAUGCUGACACAUGUGGAGAUGAACGGGCUGUACAUAGAGGGCAUCUACCGCAAGUCAGGCUCUGCCUGCAAGGCCAAGGAGCUACAUCAGCUGCUAGACAUGAGUCUCAGGGAUGUAUGUCUUGAAAACUACCCUAUUCACACAGUUACUGGUGUAAUCAAAAGCUGGUUACGCGAGUUACCAGAACCCCUCAUGACCUUUAGCCUUUACAACGACUUCCUGUAUGCCAUUGACUUGCCGGAGAAAUCUGAGAGGCUCCGUGCAGUCUAUAGGAAGUUAGAAGACUUGCCUACCUCUAAUUUCGAUACACUAGAAAGACUUAUCUUUCACCUGGUCAAAGUGGCCAAGGAGGAAUCUCACAACCGUAUGUCCGCUAACUCGCUGGCCAUUGUCUUUGCACCCUGCAUUCUGCGCUGCCCAGAUGUGACUGACCCACUACUCAGCAUGAAAGACCUGCCCAAGACCACACUGUGUCUGGAGGUUUUGAUCAUGGAGCAGAUCAAGCGAUAUGACGAGAAGAUGAAGGACAUCCAGCAGCUGGAGCAGGCAGAGGCCAUAGCAGUGAAACGGCUCAAGCUCCGUAGACAGAACACUAUUAUGGACAACCCAAAGAUGGAAUCUCCCUCAGAUUCAGACAUAGAAGAGGAAAAGACCCUGGUUGAGAGGAUAAAAUCCAUAAAGCAGGAGAAAAGCAUGCUGGCCUGCACACUGCCUGAGCUGGACCAGGACACUUCUGAUAAUGACAACCUGGACUGGGAGUCCACUGUCAGCUCAGACAGCCUGCAAGACCUCACAAGCCUGGACUUGGAAGGCCAGAAGAUAGCUGCUUUAAUGCAGCAGAGGUCAGCGGGUAUGGGGAGUGCUCCCAGCCUGCCAAUGCCUCCCACCACCGUGCACAGAGCUCUCCCCAAUGAUGGGAACCAAAAAGAGCCAUCACAGCACAGAGAUGGUGGGCAAUCUAUAUAUGUCACCCAGAGCCAGACUGGCUUCCUGUCAUCCAUCCCAUCUCACAGUAGCCAAGACUUAACAGUUGGACAGUUCACUGACCUCAACAUCCCAUUCAUAGAUGAGGAACUCUAGCAACUAACUGAAACUGCAAAAACAAAAUAAUCUUAACACACAAUUUAACAAUGCAGCAAACUACUAAAAUAGUAAUAUUUGGUUAAAGAAAAUAAUUACCAAGGCAUUUUGGCAUACUGCCUUAUGCUAGUAAAGUAUAUUAGCAUAUUUGGCUAAAAACAAUUUCAAGACUAAAGAAUUUAUAUGCAUUAAAAAAUGGCAUAUGAACACAUUUUUAGAAUCAAAGUUUUGUAUUUGUUGAUUAUAAGAGACACUUUAUCUACUGUUAUUUUCAUUUUUCUUUGGUUAACACAGCCUUUUCUAUGAACAACCAAGCAUGGAUCAUAUUUUAUAUGUAAAAUGUGGAAGAGUAGACAGAAAUGUUUUGUCUUUUCAAUGAAAAGGGAAACAUUGAUUUGUGUUUUUGUUUUAGCAUUAAAAUAACUACAAUUGCUGUUCACUGAUACAUUUUUGGUCUUUGGAUUAAACUACAAAUCAGGGAAACAUUAGUGUAUGUACAAACUGAGUGUAAGAAAAUUUUGCAUUUGUAGUUAGGAAUGAUAUUACAUAGUACAUAUCAUAGCAUGUUUUCAGGCAGCUUGUCUCAUUACUUUCUUUUUCUGUAAAUAGCAUCCACAGACUUUUUCUUACAUACUUGCUUUAAAUGUAUCAUUCCAGCCUCCUAUACCUGUCAUUUUUGCCCUUAACCAUAUCCUUCUGAUCUUUUAUCACUGGUAGAAUGUACACUCACCUUCCACUUUAUUGGGAACACCUGUAUAGAGAACUAUAAGAAUACAAUCAUCCAAUCAUGUGGCAGCAGUGCAGUACAUAAAAUCAUGUGGACUCUGAGUUUUACUUACCCAUGUAAUAAUGGCUACUUCCAUCAUGCUAAUGUGCUACGUCACAAAGCACAAAUGAUCUCAAACUAACAUCAUGAUCAAGACAUUAAGUUCAGUGUACUUAAGUUGGCUCCAUGGUAACCAAAUCUGUAUCCAAUAGAGCUCCUUCAGGAUGUCAAUUAAUGGGAAAUUUGCAGCAUGAAUGUGUAAUCAUAUCAAUAUGGACCAAAAUGUAAUGAUUGUUCCCAGGAUCUUGUGGAACAAUUGCCACAAAGAAUUGAGGCUGUUCUGAGAGCAACUAGAGGUCCUACACAGUAUUAGAGUGGUGGUCAAAAAGUGGCCAAUGACUGUAUAUUCUGUCUUAAUACUGAAUGUUUUUUGAGAGUGAUUUUGGUAAGAACUGAGGCAGUCCAUGCAGGCUACCAGUAUAACUGAUUGAAGCUUUUAUUUGCAGCCUUCGUUUUUUAAAGAGAAUGUUGAAAAAAAAAUAUGGUGACUGCUACCUGUGUGGAUGAGAUGUAAUAAAUAAGUAGUAAAAAUAUAAGAAUGGAAAUUGAGAUUGUAAUCCUGACCUCUAUUUGUUGUUGGUUGGUUGGUUUUGUCUCUGUCUAUUUUAUGAAAAAUAUUUUUAAAAAACUUAAAUCUCACCACUGUCAUUUAAAUGAAAAAGGUCUUGUAUUGAUUGAUGUGGCAUACUUAACUAUACAACAUAAAUGGAAUAAAUGACACACUGAGAUGACAA